AUGACACGAAACCUCCUAUUGUGGGUCCUCAUCCUAUAUGCCUCCCCCAAGCUCUCGGGAAGCCAUGGUCCUGAAUUUGAGGAGGGAAAGCACUAUGAGGUGGUUCGACCGUACCACAGACCAGACACUCUUACAUAUGCAAUGACUGUGGGCGGACAAGACAUAGAAAUGCAACUUGAAAGAAAUAAUGAAUUACUUACCAAAGAUUACACUGAGUCUUACUACCAAGAAGAUGGGACUCGAGUCACCACAGUACCGAAUGACAUUGAUCACUGCUUCUAUCAUGGGAGGAUUGUGAAUGACAGUGAGUCAUCUGUUAGCAUCAGUACCUGUGAUGGACUCAGGGGUUACUUCAGAACAUCUGCUCAAAGGUACCUGAUUGAGCCACUAUCCAGUAACGAUGAGGGGGAUCAUGCAGUGACGACUUUUAAUGAAAAGAACUUCACGCCUGCCGUGUGUGGGGUCACUAACACCAGCUGGAGUGACGACUAUGAACCUCCAACAAGCCGCAGCCGCUCUAGAUCAGGGGGUAUUUCUAUUGUACAGCAGCAGAAAUACGUUGAGCUCGUCCUUGUUGCUGAUAAUCGCGCGUAUGUGAAGAUGAACAGGGAUCAAAAGAAGAUGAGACAGAGAAUAUUUGAGAUUGUCAACUUUGUCAACAUGGUCUACAAACCUCUGAGGACCUUUAUUGCUCUGGUGGGGUUGGAGAUAUGGACGAAUGGUGACCUGAUCUCUGUGACCCCCCCAGCAGGGGAAAAUCUGGAUGCUUUCAUGAAGUGGAGAAACUCUGAGCUGGUGACGAGGAUAAAACAUGACAAUGCACAUCUUAUAAGUGGUAUCGACUUUGAAGGAGCAACUGUGGGUCUUGCUUUCAUCGGGACUCUCUGUUCUGGUCACUCUGUCGGCGUACUACAGGAUCACAGUGACCGAGCCAUUGCAGUGGGAGCAACACUGGCUCAUGAGAUGGGCCACAGCCUGGGCAUGGACCACAAUGACUCCAGUGGUUGUUUAUGUUCUGAGGAUAGCUGCAUCAUGGCAGCAGCCCUCAGCUGGAAAACUCCUCAAAGCUUCAGUAGCUGCAGCAGCAGCAACUAUGAAAAGUACCUAACAAGCCGCAGCCCCAGCUGUCUGCUGGACAAACCAGACUACAAGAGUGUCGUGGCUCCCGCGGUCUGUGGAAACGGCUUCAGAGAGGAAGGAGAGCAGUGCGACUGUGGUUCGGUGCAGGAGUGCACCAAUCCCUGCUGCAACGCCACCACCUGCACCCUGAAAGAGGGUUCACAGUGUGCUGAAGGCGAGUGCUGUGAGAACUGUAAGAUCUUGCCUACCUCCAGACAGUGCCGUGCAAAGCAGGAUGACUGUGAUCUGGCAGAGUACUGCGAUGGGAAGAGCACGACCUGUCCGGAGGAUGUGUUUGCUGUGAAUGGGCUCCCAUGUGAUGGAGGCCAAGGGUACUGCUACAACGGUCAGUGUCCACAGAGACCUAAGCAGUGUGUCAAGAUGUAUGGAUCAGGUGCUAAGGAGGCCAAACAAGGAUGCUAUAACUACAACACCAGAGGAGUCUACUAUGGCUUCUGCAAACGCCCCUCAAAUAAUCAGUUCAUCCCCUGUCAGCAAGAAGAUGUUCUUUGUGGAAAGCUCUUCUGUGAAGGCGGUAAUGACAACCCAAACUAUGGCCAGAUGGUCGCCAUCGGCACAUGCAAGGCAGCAUUCUUCUCAGACAACACCGGUGACCAAGGCCAGGUGGAAACGGGGACUAAAUGUGGAGAUGGAAAGGUGUGCAGCCAGAAUCAGUGUGUGGAUCUGCAGACAGCAUACAGAAACACCAACUGUUCAGCAAAAUGCCCAGGCCAUGCUGUGUGCAACCACAAAAGUGAGUGCCAGUGCGAGCCUGGGUGGACGCUUCCUAACUGUGACUCAGUGGACACAGCUUUUAGUGGUACUGGAAAAACUAUUGUCACUGCAGUCAAGUUUACACUAGUGGUCCUAGGCAUCAUUGCUGCCAUCGCAGGAAUCAUCUGGAAAAAGCAACAAAGUCCCAUCCUGCCAACACUUCUGCAUGAGUAGAGAAAGAACAG